AUGCCCCAGCCCAUCCAGGACCUGCUGGCUCUGCUCCACCAGCGGGGGCCAUCCACAGAAGGGAUCUUCCGUCUGGCAGCUGGCGAGAGAGACUUAGGGGCCCUCCGGGAGGCCCUGGACAGCGGGCAGGAGGUGCCCCUGCAGAGCCAGCCCGUGCACCUGCUGGCUGCCACCCUGAAGGACUUUCUGCGCAAGAUCCCUUCCAAGCUGCUGGAGGCUGAGCUGUACCAGCAGUGGAUGGGAGCCCUGCACAAGAGCAGCAGGCAGGCGAGGCUGGCGGCGCUGAAGGAGGUCACCAACAAAUUGCCCCAGGCCAACCUCAUUCUCCUCAAGAGCUUGCUGUCCCUGCUGCAUAACAUCAGCAGCAACACGGACAGCAGCAGGAUGACAGCCAGGAGCCUUGCCAUCUGUGUUGGGCCAAACUUGCUGAGCCCAGUGGAGGAGCCACCCCUGGACAUGCUACUGGAGGUGACAAGCAGGGUGACAGAGCUGGUGGAGCUGCUCAUUGAGAUGCAGGGAGAGCUGUUUGCAGAGGAGCAGGUGCCUGGCUCAGAUGGACCAUCAGCUGAGGAAGAGCCAGGAACCACAGAGGUAUGUGAGUCCACAAACACCAUGACAACAAAAGCCUCCACCCUCAAAGGGGGUACUGCUGCCACAGGGACAACCAGGCUCAUCUGCCAGCCCACAGCUCUGCAGAAGUGCAGAGUAAGGCUGAUGCCAGAUGGACAUCACACUUUGGGUGGUGAUCUCGACAGAAGUGAGCUGAGUUGA